ACCAGGACAUCACUGAUCAUCAUUGUGCUGCAGUGACGUCAUCGCGGCACUUCAGUGACGUCACGGUCCGGGCAUGUCGGCUUCGGCCAGCCCGGCGCGGCUGUCGGCCGCCUUUGACGACGACCUGGCGUUCGCGGCCGACAUCAAUGCCCGGAUGCGCGUGCCCAAGCGGAUCCAGGUGACGGGCGAGGGCGACGACCGGUUCCAGCAGCAUGCCGGCCUGCCGAACGGCGCCGGCGCCGCACAGAUGAGCGUGCCAGACCGUAUCGUGGUGCUGGGCGACGACUGGGGGGCGCGCGUGCAGCCGGCGGUGGCCGGCUACCUGAGCGCCGGCGAGGAGCUGGAGCUGCUGCGCCGCCAGCUGCUCAAGGUCAACCGGCGUCUAAUGCAGAUUGAGGUGGAGAACCAGCGCCGGCGCUCACGCGAGGUGAUGCUCUACACGGCCGGCGUCGCCUACUUCGUGAUGAAGGUCAUCCUGUGGAUGGGCCGCUCGCUCUGACCGGCGUCUCGUGCCGCCGGAUGACAGUGGCCAGUGUUUGGGGGCGCGGUGCGUGGUGGCUCUCGCUGUGGGCUUUGGGGAGGACCGGGCGCGUGUAGAGCUGCCGGUGCGCCGUCCCAGUAGUGGCUGGUGGUUGUGUGGAUGCUGGCUUGGGCCGGCGGCCACAGAGCCCCGGUCGCUCUUGUUUUAGUGCGCUGUGCUGGUGAUAGGGACGUUAAGUAGACCCGCUCUUGCACGUGGUUAGUGGUGCCAUUUACUGCACGUAUGGGAGUUGCGAGGACAGGAGUCUGGCUGCGUGGUGACCUGGUGGACCACCCCUCUCCUAGCCACAGGUGGAUGCCCAUUGCCGACCUAGGACGUACAGAGAUGAUGAAUUAUAUUUGAACGUCCUUUGGAUGUGCAUGGCUCGCUUGAUUUAUCGAUCCCUUCCCCUGGUGAGAGUGCACAUGACUGCUCAGGCCGCACCGGACGGAUCGUCUGUGGUCCUGGCGUGUCGGACCGAAUGACUGAAUGCGUUGUGGCGCUUGUCCUACCCGACCCGACCCGUGUGGUCCAGCCCGGCUGCCGUAGUGCAGUCGGUCCGUAGUGCAAUGUUUGACGCGGAGGCCGGCGGCCAUCUCGCCAGCGUUCGCCGGCCUGGAACACGGCUUCGGCCGCCGCGGGAUGCUCGUGCGCCUCACUGUCAGCCGUACCUGGUUUCCGCGUCUGUCCGAUGUCUUCGCACACCCGUCGGGGGAGGCGUUUUAAUGCUGCUUGGAUGGGUGGAGUAGGAAGGGAUGACACUGCACACUGGCUGUAGCAAGGUGGGCCAUAACCCCGGGUCAUUUGUUAGGCGGGUGGGGAUGUCUGUUUACGCCUGUGGGUGCCGUGGGCGGUAUUUUACGCGUCUUUCUUGCCCCCCCCCCCCCCCCCCGGUGCGCUAAUAAUCCCCGAUGAGCCCUGAAUGUGUAAUACAUGA